AUGGCCGCCGCAAACAAGCAGGGCAAGAUGCAGGGCCUGAUCAACUACCGCCUGCGCGUCACCAUGAUGGACGGUCGUCAGAUGGCUGGCCAGAUGCUCGCCUUCGACAAGCACAUGAACCUCGUCCUCGCCGACACAGAAGAGUUCCGUCGAGUGAAGCGCAAGCCCAAUAAGUCGGCAGCUCCUGGACAGGCAGAGCCUCAAUUCGUCGAGACAGAGGAGAAGCGUACUCUUGGUCUUACCAUUGUCCGCGGUGCCCACAUCGUCGCUUCGACUGUCGAAGGUCCUCCGCCCGCAGAUCCCUCAGCAAGAUUGGCCAAGGAUGGUCCCGCAGGCCCUGGUGCUCCUACCAUGACCGCUGGUCCUGGUAUCUCUCGUCCUGCAGGUAGAGGCAUGCCUCCUACCGGUCUCACUGGUCCCGCUGCAGGUGUUGGUGGUCCCGCUCCAGGCUUCGGUUUCCCUGGUGCUCCUGGAGGCUUCCCUGGCGCUCCUCCACCAGGAUUUGCUGGAAGAGGUGCUCCUCGCCCUCCACCUGGUUUCCCUGCUGGCUUCGGUGCACCUCCCGGCUUCCAGCCUCCUCCAGGACAGGGCAGAGGUUUCCCCCCACCAGGAUUCGGUGGUCGCUGA